CUAUCUUCUCUGAUUUUACUUGAUUUUGCUUGCAUCAUCAACUCAUCAUCAUCUUCCACUACCAUUUUGAAUCUGUUGAAACCCUAAGGCAUUGAAUGCCACUAUAAAUACGGCCUUAAAUGUUCAUACCUAACACACACAGAAAAUAAAUGAAACAUAACAAACAACAGUAAGAAUUACUUCAAACAAAAAGCUUUAGGUUCUUCACUGAUUUCUUGUUUUCUCUUAUCUUUUCCGGUGUUCGAAGUUUGAAUUUUUGGUUCCUAGACGGCUGAGCAAAAUCUCUGUUUAGUUUGCUACUCAAAGGAAGGCCCUUCCACUGUAAAAUGAAAAAGAGGAAGGACACAUAUGCAAAGUGUACAUGGGCGGAGUGAGCGCAAAUUGGUUGUUCUAAAUGAUUUGAACCAACCCAUUGGUCCUACUGACGAAAUUGUAAAAGAGUUGGGCAGUUUCCUCGGUACAUUAGCAAGAAAUUCAACCUUUUGUCCUCUAAAUAUACAUAACUAGAAGAAACUAAAUACAAAAGAGGAUAUGUGGACAUAUACCAAGACAAAAUAUGACAUUCAUGAUGAUGGAAAAGAGUGGGUUUUUCAAUCAAUUCAAAAUGCUUGGAGAAGGUAUAAGUGUUGGUUGAAGAAAAACUACUAUGAAGCCUAUGCCAAUGACGAACUUCGAAUGGAAAAAAAGCCAUCAUAUGUUUCAGAAUCUGAGUUUAAGUACCUUCUUGAAUACCGGAAGUCUAAUAAAGUUCAGGCUGAAAUGGAAAAAAUACAAACUCAAAAAAGUGAAGAUGAUAACCAAUCAGUUGACGCAUUUGCAACAGUCAUGGGAUCUAAACAUCCAGGUCGCGUAAGAUUGUAUGGACGUGGGGUUACAAAGAUUAUCUUCAAACAAAAAUCUAGAAAAUCUGGACCCUCUUCAAAUACUACUUAUGAGAUGAUGGGGAAAAAUGGAAGAAAUGAAAGAGAUAAUGCAACAAAGGAUGCAGAAAAAGUUCGAGCAACAACAGAAAACUUGGCGGCAACAAAUUACAUUUAAUGUUGUUGCACUACUUCAACAUCUUAACCCAGAUUUACGAAUUGAUCUUAAUAUGCUAACAUUUUAUGUUCGUUCACUCGGAGAAGCUUCCUCUGCACUACAAGCUUCAAUUCAACUAAUCAAUCAUCCAUCUACUGGCAGUAAUAGUCAAGGUGGAGAAAAUGAAGAAAGGGAAGAUAAAAGGAAUGAAGAUCUCGCAUAAGAAGAUUUUUGGAUUGUAGCUGAAACUCUAAAUGUUCUAGGAAUCUUUUGUUAUCAAACAUUUUGAAACUUCUUUAACUUUUGCAUUGUAAAACUUAUGUACUUGGUUCUUAACUUUUGAAUACUAAAACUUAUGUA